AUGGUCUUGGCCGGAUGGGCUUUCCAUGCUUACAUGUCGGCAUUCUGUCCUCCAGUCCGCACCAUGAGUUUUGCGGACAACUGGUCCGGCAUCACCGACACUCCCGGGAGUUUGGCCAUGGGCCUUCAAACAGCUCACACUUUCGCGGACUCUCUGGGGUUGACUCUGGACCCCGGGAAGACCUUUGUUUGGGCCACGCAGAGUCAGGACCGCGCUGCCCUCAAGCCUCUCGGACAUCCGGUUGUGCAGUCUGCCCGGGAAUUGGGCGGGUUUAUGGCUUUUGGCACAUUCACGCGCAAUGCUGCGCUCAAGGAGAGGUGUGCUUCACUUGCGCCAGUUUGGUCCGCACUGCGGCGCAGUCGUGCACCGCUUGUGUUGAAAAUGAUGGUUCUGACGGGCAAGUGUUGGCCAAAGGCCCUCCAUGGGAUUGAAGGCUGCCCUUUACCUGAGGCCGAGAUCAACAGGCUGCGAGCCGCUGCAACUAAGGCGCUGCAGAUUCGACCAGGCGGCGUCAGCAGCAUGCUCCGCCUUUCCAUUAAUGAAAAAUGUGAUUAUGACCCAGGCUUUUGGAUCGUUUGGUCCUGUGUCAGGCAGAUCAGGCGCAUUGCCCGUGCACAACCUGGAUUUCUCUUGAAAUGGCGACUGUACAUGCGUCAGUUUGACGGCACAUUGUACCAAGGCCCUGUAUCAAGGCUGAUUCGUGUCCUGUCACAGGUGGGCUGGUCGGUGCAGGAGCCGCCCUUCGUUAGUGAUCACGAGGGGAUUGUGCAUGAUUUGUUGCGCGUCCCUGGCACUCUUCUGCAUCGGCUUUUGGAGCACGCAUGGCUUCAUCAUGUUGCGGCCCAGCACCGUCAUCGUCACAGCAUGCGCGACCUGUCGGGCAUUGACCUGGCCCUGCUUCGCUCUGAUGCUUCCAACCUUUCUGCCUUGGACACUGCACGUUUGGGAUCCCUCCGUGCUGGUGCUUUCGUCUCGGGCGAACAGCAGGCCCGCUUUGACCUCACCCAAACGGGGGUAUGUCCUACCUGUCAGGUUGCAGAUUCCAUUCGCCACCAAGUUUGUGAGUGCCCGCGUUUUGCACAGCAGCGAGUAGGGUCUCAGUCUGACUGGCAUCACCUCUUCGCAGAUGGCUCCUGUGAUCCUUCAGUACACGCUGACUUCGCACUGGCGGCUUGGGCGGUGGUCAGUGCGACUGACGCGCUGCCGGUUUCCUGUGGCCCAGUCCCUGGUUUGUUACAGACUGCACCCAGGGCCGAGCUCCUGGCGAUGAUCUCCGCCGCACGCUGGGCACUAAGGUUUCGCAAGCGCUGUAUUGUUUGGGCGGAUGCUUUGAACGUGGUGGAUGGGGUUGCGGACAUCCGGAACUUGACACGCAAGUCUGACGACAAUGACGAUUUGUGGGAUGUCCUCGAAUCAUUGCUCCAGCAGAUGCCGGCGGAGGACUUUUUGGUGAGGACCGAGUCCCCUUUUGAAGAUUGGGUCGCGAUUCACAACCAGCAUGCGGACACACUUGCGGGCUUUGCAAACCGGAGCCGGCCGUGGUCGCUGCAGACAACUCGACAGUUGGCUUUGGAGCACCAUCAACAUAUGUUGCAGGUUCAGCGUUCGCUGCGAGCAAUUUUGUUUGGGAUUGCAGCCGCUAAGAUGUCCGGCGCCGCCUCUCCAGAGGCGGACGAUGCUGAGCAGCUUGAAGUGGAACUCGAGUCAACUGUGCCAAGGCCUUUCUCUCUUGAGGAAAUCGUUCCUGUUAACUGGAGGGAAAGAAUCGAGGCCACGGAGGGUAGGAUUCCUAGAAAGUUUCUUGUACAUGUUUGCCAGUUUCUGUUAUUCCAAGAUGAUCAGUCCACGGAUGCUUAUCACGUUUCCUGGCUUGAGUUGGUCUUCAUGUUGCACAUUGACGGGUCGGUUGUUUAUCCUGUUGCACAUAGCCAGGGAAG